AAGCCAUAAAAGGAAAUAAAACAAAGAGACAAAAAAACAGAAGAAGAAGAAGAAGAAGAAGGAGAAGAUGGCGGAGUUGCAGAGAUCCGCCGUAACUUUCCGGCGGUCGGGCUCGUCGGGGCUGGUGUGGGGCGAACGGUUCCUUUCCGACGGCGAGGCCUGCGGCGGCGGCGUCUGCGAGCUGAGACGGUCGCAGUCCGUCGGAUCCACCCCCGAUCGCCGUAGCCGCGGCGAAGGCGGCAGCGGCGAAGGGCGCAGGCAGGCGUUCCGCGCCGCCGAGGUACCUCCGGCCGCCGACCCGCCGUCGCCGGACGUCCGCGGAUGCGACAUGCUCUGCGGGAUCUUCGGCACGGCCAGGCACGGCCGCCGAUCGAAGCCGAGGCGGCGCUGAAUUGGGGGGAACAAGAGCGAGUGGCGUUCUGCGCAAGGGGUGAAGUGAAUUUUCUGGCCUGGAUUAGUGAAUGCCAAUAUUUUAAAGUAGGAAUUGAUAUUCUUCAGACUACGGGGUGAGUAGUGUAAAAAGUGAAACAUUUUACUAUUUUAUUAAAAGUCU